GCACCCACCGGCGGAGACUGUAUUUGCCAUAGGAUCGCUGUACCCCCUUCCGGAAUCGCCGUGUCUCUCCUGCUGUGAUAUGAUGGGUGUGUGUGAUCGAUGAUGGAGGGUGUUUCCGCGCUUCCUUCACGUGUUCCCGAGUGUUUUCGGUGUGCGGGGAACGUUGGAGCGGAAUGGGCGUGCGUCUCGAUUUGAAUCGUGAGGCGAAUCGAGCGGGACGCGCAGCGAUCGAAGGAUAAGCGACAGGGAGUUACUCGACCGAAGGUUAAGCGACAGAGGGUUAAGCGACAGGGUGUUUUGCGAUCCGCGGACUCUGGCGAAUCGGAUGGAUGGACGGACGUUGAUGGAAUGAAAGUCGAGAGAGACACGCUCCAAGUGAAAGGGACGAUGCGAGGGACGCAUUCGAACCCGUCCCUGAGCACCCUGGCGACGUCCAAGGGUCACGAGGCCGCCAUCCGCCUCUUCCUCUUGCUCUCGCCCGACCCUGACCCCUUCAGACUCCAGGGGCGAAGCAAGAGCCUGACCCACAUCGACGCUCUGGAUCCGAGCACGAUGGUCAAGGAGGACGAGGAAGGAACCGGAGGUCCGGUGCAGGGUCAAGGUCAAGGUCAAGGUCAAGGUCAAGGCCAGGCGCUCCCAUCCGAGGACCCGUCAUCGGGGCGCCACCGGCGCAUCAAGCUCUCCAGUUCCAUGAAGGUAUGCAGCUCGGAAUUCUUCACUCUCACCUUCGAGUGUCUCGAAGAGAGCCAAGAGGAAUUGAUUCCGGCCUCCCGCGGCACGUGUCUACGGUAUGACUCUUCACUUUUCUCAUUUGCGAGGAAAAAGUAUUGGCACGGCAUGAGAGCC